UGAAAUCAUCAUAAUUUUUCAUUGUACCUAUCAAAUUCACCAAAAUAUAUCUACCUAACUAUAUACCUAUCAAUAUCACCAAAGAAUUUGUAUUAGUGCUAAGUUUGCAUAUUACCUCUUUAUAACACUGGAGUAAUGUAAUAUAUUAAAUUCUCUAGGAUGUCAAAGUUUUGUCAAGUUUUAGUGUAAUAAUGUCUCAUAUUAGCUCUUUAGAGCAUUUAUAUUGAAAACUUUCAAAAGCUACUAGCAUUAUAUAAGUAUAUUUAACAGAAAUGAACACAUCCAUUAGUCAUAUUACAAAUUCAAAUUUAGUUCGAGACAUACAAGCAUAUCGUGUUGAUUCCAGGGCACCUCUCUUAGUGUUUCGCUUGUCAACGCUGGUGCUGUUGGCUGCUCUCCUGACGCUGCACCUCCGCUCCAUGAGAGUAUUCCGCUGGGAGCACUCUGUGUCUGGGGGAGUGCUGGUCACGUUUGUUGUGGCCGAGCUAGGGCUAGUUCUGUGCGCUGGCACCCCGCACUGUAGCAGCCGUUCUCUGCAGGUGUACGUGUGCAGCAUGGGCGCGGCGCUGAUGGCGGUGAACUCUGUCGUCAUCCUGCAGCGCUGGCACUCCGCGGGACAAUUGACGCGCGUCGUUGCUGAGCUGCUUAACGUGCUGGGCGUACCGCUGCGUCGCCAGGUCCUCACGAAGGCGUGUCUCAGCGCCGCGGCCUCUCUCACCUUCCUUCUAGAUCUCUUCUUUAUCCCAAUCAUUAUUUCGAAUCCUCGGAGAUCCACGAAUAUAUCCAGUAUUUCUCCAAUGAGUGAAAGAAGUUUUGCCAAUGUUUGCUGAGUAAUAAAUGGGAAAAUUUGUUUAACAUAAUAUGUAUCUAUAUAAGUUUCAAGAAUUUUAUAUUGUUUUCUCUAACUAGUAGAAAAAAACAUAUUUAUGUUAGACAUCUCUCGUGAUUACAUGAAAAAAGUACCUAAUUUAUCACUAGGUGCCUAAUAUGUUACUGGGUCAAGAACAUGUUAUCUAUUUAGUAUAAUUCCACUGAACCAAGAAGUUAUAUACAAUAUUUUAAUGACCUUCACGUGGGCGCUAUGCCUACAAUGCUCGCGGCUACUAGAUUACUUACAGGAUGUUCCGAAAUGAUAUUUAAUGGUUUAUCUAGGUGAAUUAUGUAAUUUUAUUUUUUUAUUGUUAAGGGGAAGUAGCUCUACACGUGUGUUCAAUUAAUGUCGUUAUUGUAGCCAUGGAAACAAAACUAACAUAAUAAUCGGUGUAUGAAACGCGUAACGUCCAAUAGGUAUGUCGCGUUGGCUCAAAAUAACAGGAACUUUAAGAAACAAGGUUUCUGUAUUUAUUUAAUAUUUUAUUAGACUAGAUUCGUACAUCAUAGGUACACAAAUAUAUCAAAAAUUUAAAUCUAACGUUGGUUACCAAACGGGAGGUAUGAAACUGGUAAUUCAUAAAAUUUUAAGUAGUUAUAAGACGUUGUUUUAACGUUCUGUCGAAACGAUUAUUAAAAACAAUAUUUAAUUAUGUUUAUUACUAAUACAAGUGUUGAUAUUAUA